CGCCGUGUGUGAAAUAUGUCUAAUUGGACUUGCCGUAGAUAUUACGUUGCGAAGCUACAUUUCCGUGCUUUUUUUACUUCUACUCAACUGCAGGCGCUUUGCUAAAAAGUACGUCUUGAACGCGCUCAAACCAGUCAAUAUUUUGACACCACACAUCAUAUUUACACCUUCGUGACCGGUGAAAGUCGUCUCAAGAUGCUCGUCGAAGCUUCUCAGGCUUGCGCGUCUUAUCUUAGCUUAGCUCGCUAGCCGCUAACAAAAGAGACGCGUUUGUUCUCGAUACAUUAGCUCGGCAGAUGUCAAGUGCGAAUAUAAAGUGCCGUCAGUAUCGUGUGAAAAUGCGCACAGUAAAAACCGAGAAGUACGAAGAGAAGGAGCAACAACGUCAACUGCUGGAUGCUGUUUGCAAGCACCCCCAAGCAGUAAACAAAGCAGACGCCAGUGAAGGAAACGAUAGGCCUGAACAGCAGGAGCCAGAGGUCCCUGAAGUAAAGGAGGAGAAGGACCCAGAGUUCCCUGAAGUGAAGGAGGAGAAGGAGGUGGAGGACCUGAAGGCCUUUCAACUUGAAAACUUCCCAUACAUUAAAGAGGAGGAGGAUUUCACAAAGUUGCCAGUGACUGCUGUCUCAUUGAAAAACGAAGAUGAAGGUCAAUAUGAGGUGAACCGAUGGACAGAACAUCUAAGCUGCAGCUCAGAGGAUUUCACAGAGUUGCCAGUGACUGCUGUCCCAUCUAAAAAUGAAGAUGAAGGUCAAUACGAGGUGAACCAAUGGACAGAACCUCCAAGCUGCAGCUCAAGUCAGCCCAUGAAAACAGAAGGUGAUUGCGAGCACCGUGGAGGAUCACAAGCAGACAGCCGCUUCACUCCCAUAUCAGAUAGCAAUGACACAACGUCCCACACUCCUGACACUGAUGUGACAUGUCACAAUGACAGCAAAGGCUGGAAAUGUUCUCAAUGUGGGAAAACAUUUGGCUGCGAGUCCAAUUUAAAAAAACAUAUUCUCUUGCACACUGGGAAACGUUUUCCUUGCGCAGUUUGUGGUAAAAGUUUCUCUUCACGGGGCAACUUAAAAGUACACGCAAGAAUCCACCCCGGAGAAAACCCCUUUGCAUGUUCAUCUUGUGGUCAAAGAUUCUGUCGACGGGAAAGCUUUCAAAAACACAAAAGACCUCACACUGGUGAGAAACCUUUCACCUGCUCAGUAUGUGGGCAAAGUUUCUCUACUCGUUGCAGCUUAAAAAAACAUGCAACAAGACACACUGGAGAGAAACGUUUUCCCUGCUCAGUUUGUGGUCACAAUUUCUCGACGCGGGCCAACUUAAAAAAACAUGCAGUGUCACACAUGGAAACAAAACCGUUUGCGUGUUCGGUUUGUGGUAAAAGGUUCUCUACCAAUAGUAAUUUGAAAGUACACACAAUGAUCCACACUGGAGAGAAACCUUUUCUGUGUUCAGUUUGUGGUCAAAGAUUCAGUCAACGGGGAAGCUUAAAAACACACAAAAGAACUCACACUGGUGAGAAACCUUUCACCUGCUCAGUAUGUGGGCAAAGUUACUCUACUCGUUGCAGCUUAAAAAACCAUGCAACAAGACACACUGGAGAGAAACGGUUUCUGUGCUCAGUUUGUGGUCACAAUUUCUCGACGCGGGCCAACUUAAAAAAACAUGCAGUGUCACACACGGGAACAAAACCGUUUGCGUGUUCAGUUUGUGAUAAAAGGUUCUCUACCAAUAGUAAUUUAAAAGUACACACAAUGAUCCACACUGGAGAGAAACCUUUUCCAUGUUCAGUUUGUGGUCAAAGAUUCUAUAAACGGCAACACUUAAAGAAACACACAAGAAGCCACACUGGAUAGAAACAGUUUCCCUGCUCAGUUUGUGGUCAUAAUUUCACCACAAAUUACAUCUUAAAAAACAUGCAAUCACGCACACUCGAAAGAAACCGUUUGCCUGUUGUGCAGUACCUCUCUGCAUUAACAACAAUAGAAAUUGACUACCACAAUGUCUAGUGCGAGUUCUGACAGAUUUUUGGAUAAGAACGAUCAAUGGUGGUCCCCCCCAGCAGUGAUUUUUGUCAUUCAGAUUUUUCGAAAUGAUACCCUAAAUCCCAAAGGGUCAAAUUUCGCCCUAAUCCUAAAUUAGGGAAUAAAGGGUUAAAAUUGAAAAAAAAAACCCCAUACAUUUUGGUGUUCAGUGAAUUUAUAGCAGUCAUUUAAUGUAUAAUUCAUAAUUUUCCAAAGAAGAAAAGGGUUCCUGGGUUCUUAAUGCUAAAAAUUAUUACAAUGGCAGAUAUUGUAAAUAGUCUACUUUCUUGUUUUCUGUCGACCUCCUUGAAUUUCAUCUAUUGUAUCGUUCAGUAUUUUCUAAAAAUGUGUCCUGUGGGCAAGUGUUAAGAAUUAGCACUCGUGCUAAAACAUGAAACUUUGAUUCUUUAUGGUGAGUUGAAAAAGUGUCGCUGGAUGUGGCUCUGAAUAAAGUGCAGCUCUUCAAAUGGCUUUUUUUCCCCAUGACGUCCGUACCCCCAAAAAUAUGGAUGAUGACAAACAUUUUAGUUCGCGAAAAAAUUCUCGAUAUUGAUUAUAGAUUGCCAGAAGUUGUCACCGACGUCAAUUCACAUACAGGCCAGCAGAUGGCGACCGCUUGAAACGAGUGGAACUCGAGGUCGAAACGACUUUGAAACCCUAACCCGACUCAGAAAAUUGAUUUGCACUUGGGAAAGAGUUGAGGAAUUAUUAAUUUACAAGUCUUGUAAAUAUAACUUUUACUCUAAAACAGAUGUUUCGAUUUAUCGGGUGGAGAGCAAUACCGAGUGGCCAAGGCGAUGCUAAAUACAUCUACAUGUAUACUGGACGCAGGCUGACCUGGUCCCUAUCCUCCAUGAAUAGUGGGGGUUCACACUCUAUGGCUAAAAAGUUCAUCCUUGGUUUCAUCGAACCAUGAUAAAUGACAUAUUUUAACCCCUCUCUGACUGCAGAAAUUUUUCUGAUGAAUCCACACUUCACACCAUUC